AUGGUCAACAAAGCUGUCGUAAAGAAUGUCUUGUCGGGUGAUACUGUCAUCUUGAGAGGCAAGCCCAGACCCAAUGGUCCUCCUGCUGAAAGACUUUUGGCCUUGUCCAAUGUUCAAGCACCAAGACUUGGAAACACAACACGCUCUGAUGAGCCUUUUGGUUAUGGUGCUCGUGAGUUCCUUAGAAAGUUGCUUGUUGGAAAAGAAGUGUCUUUUGUAUCAGAUUAUACCAUCCCUACCACACAGCGUGAAUAUGGCAGCAUCUUCUUGGCUAAUGGCGACAAUGUUGCCGAGUUGGGUGUAAAGGCUGGUUGGUUAAAAGUACGUGAGGGCGGAAAGACUACUCGUGAGGAUCAAGAAGAAGCUCUCGAGAAGUUAGAGCAGCUGCAAAGAGAAGCCCAAGAUGCCAAAGUGGGUAUGUGGAGCGAUAGCGAGAAGGGUACUCGCGAAGUCUCAUUCACCUUUGACCGUGAUGCUCAUGCGUUUUUGAACAAGUAUAAGGGAAAGCCCUUGGAUGCUGUUAUCGAGCAAGUGCGUGAUGGAGCCACCUUCCGUAUCUUGUUGAUCUUGCCUGAUCAAACACAGCAAAUUGUCACCUUGCAUUUGUCAGGUAUCAAGGCACCUAGCUGUAAGAGGGACAAUGCUCCUGCCGAUGACACCUCAGUCUCAGAGCCAUUCGGAGAGGAAUGCAAGUAUUUUGUCGAGUCUCGUCUCUUGCAACGUGGCGUCAAGGUCAUUUUAGAGGGUUUGUCGCAAUCUGGUGGCCAGAACUUUGUGGGCUCUAUUCAACAUCCUGCAGGUAACAUUGCCGAACUAUUGCUCUCUCAAGGCUUGGCUAAAUGUGUCGAUUGGAGUAUCACAUUAGCUACUUGUGGUCCUGCUCCCUUGAGAAAUGCCGAGAAGGCAGCCAAGGAGAAAAAGCUCCGUCUCUGGCGCGAUUUCGUUGCCAAGAAGGUGGAUACCAAUGCUACCGAGUUUGAUGCCACUGUGGUCCGUGUGUUGACUGGUGAUAUGAUCCUUGUGAAGCCCAAGAACGGCGGCCCUGAAAGAAAGCUCCAAUUGUCCAGCGUGAAGCAAGCGCCUCGUGGUGCUGGUUCUACUGCCCCUAGUGCUAAAUCAAGAGAUGUCAAGGAAGUGGGUUAUCAAUUCGAGGCUCGAGAGUUUUUGAGAAAGAAGCUGAUUGGUAAAAGUGCACACAUCACGAUUGAUUACCACAAGCCUGCUCAAGACGGCUUCGAGGCCAGAGAUUGCGCUACUGUGAUUGCCAAUAACCACAACAUUGCUGAACAGCUGAUUGUGCGUGGCCUUGCCUCUGUUAUCCGCCAUCGCAAGGAUGACGACAACCGCUCUCAUUGUUACGAUGCUCUCUUGAUUGCUGAGAAGAAGGCUGAAGAGGAGCAGAAGGGUAUUCAUAGUCCCAAGGAGCCUCCUGUUGUUAGAAUUACGGAUGCUUCAGAGAGUGCUGCCAAGUCUCGUCAAUUCUUGACCUUCUUGAAGCGUGGUGGUAAGAUCCAUGCUGUCGUUGACUUCGUCGCUAAUGGAUCUCGCAUGUUUGUAUGGGUCCCCAAGGAGAAUUGCAGACUUACCUUUGUCUUGUCUGGUGUCCGUGCUCCUCGUGUAGGUCGCACUGCCAAUGACAAGUCUGAACCUUAUGGCCAAGAGUCAUUGGACUUUGUUUCUCAAAAGUGUCUUCAACACGAUGUUGAAAUUGAAGUAGAGAAUGUGGACAAGGUAGGCAGCUUUGUUGGCUCCAUGUUUGUCAAUGGUGAGAAUCUGGCUGUGUCUCUCUUGUCUCAAGGUCUUGCCACUAUUCACGAAUACUCUGCUGAUGAGUCGCAUUAUGUCAAUCAACUGUACGGUGCUGAGCGUGAGGCCAAGACUGAUAAGAAGGGCAUCUGGUCUAAUUACAAGGAGGAAGCUGUGGAGGAACAUGCAUCUGGUAAUGCUGGCCCUAACCGCGAAUACAUCGAUGUUGUAGUGUCUGAAAUCAUCACUGGCUCUCAUUUCUACGUCCAAAAGGUCACUGAUGAUAUCCCCAAGCUGGAAAGGCUGAUGUCUGAAUUAGGCCAAUAUCAAAACGGUCGUCCUGCUGAUCCUGCCUUCAAGCCUCGCGUAGGCGAAAAUGUCAGCGCCAAGUUUACUGAAGAUAAUUGCUGGUACAGAGGCAGAGUUCGUCGUAUUUCUCAUGAAGGCGUCGAGGUCUUGUACAUAGAUUACGGUAACGCAGAGACUCUGCCAUUAUCUCGUGUCCGAGCAUUACCUGAAAACUUCAAGCAGCUCAAGGCUCAAGCUUUUGAAGCUACACUCUCCUUUGUGCAAUCUCCUGAAAGAGACAGUGAUUACGGUAUUGAUGCUAUUGAAAGAUUCAGAGAUCUUACUGGAAACAAGCAAUUGGUGGCUAAUGUGGAUGCUCGCGAAAGUAGCGUCAUGUGUCUGACACUCUACGAUUUUGCCAAAUCUACCAGUGCCGAAGCAAGUGUCAAUUUAGAUAUGGUGCAAGAUGGUCAAGCAUUUGUUACUCCUAAGGUCCGUUAUGCUCGUGGCAAUGAGACUAUUGUCAAAGCUCUUGAAGCUGCUCAAGAGGAAGCUAUUAAGCGUAGACGUGGUAUGUUUGAAUAUGGUGAUAUCACUGGCAAUGAGGAUGUUACCAGCACUUACUAUUAG